AUGUACGGAGAAAGCCAUCCAAUUGAUUCAAGAACUUUGCCAUAUUUUGGCAAGCGAUCGUUCCGAUUGACAAAAUUUGUGUGCAAUGAUGUGAGAGUCCUGUCUUCGAUUCCUGAAAGUGAACAUGCGAAGUCCAUUGUCAGCCUAGACUUCGACAAGUUACCAGUAGAGCGUGCUCUCGGAGUAGAGUGGAACGUGAAAGAAGAUGUCUUCGGUUUCCGAAUAACCGAAAGGAAGAAAGCUGCAACACAUCGAGGAAUCUUGUCGGACGUUAGCUCUAUGUACGAUCCGUUGGGUUUCGCUGCACCUUUUGUCCUGCCAGCCAAGCGUUUGCUACAACAGCUAUGCAAAGAUAAAAUCGGUUGGGAUGAAGAAAUAUCACCAAGUAUGCUUCAAGUUUGGGAAAGAUGGUUAAAUGAUAUGCCUCGUCUCCGAAAUAUUGAAGUUCCGAGGUAUUUCGAACCUUGCAAAAUGGGGCCCUUGAAAACUACCCAGCUACAUAAUUUCUGCGAUGCAUCCUUCGAUGGCUAUGGCGCUGUAUCGUACCUACGCUUUGGAGACGUAGCCGAUCGUGUAAAUUGUGCCUUGGUGAUGGCAAAGUCGGGAGUAGCACCGAUAAAGCCUACGACUAUCCCAAGGUUGGAAUUAACAGCGGCAACUGUGGCAGUCAAGCAGCAUCGCCAGAUCAAUCAAGAAUUGGACUUAAAGGUUGACUCGGUUACGUUCUGGACUGAUUCCACCUGUGUGUUACGAUAUAUAAACAGCGAAUCCAACAGAUUCAAAACAUUCGUAGGCAAUCGAAUAGCUCUUAUCCACGACCUCUCAAGUCCAACAAGCUGGAGAUAUGUAAGUUCUAAGGAUAAUCCUGCCAACUAUGCGUCGCGAGGUUUGCGACCGACUGACACCCAUGAAAUCGACCAAUGGAUUAAUGGACCAGACUUUCUUCAAGGUAAAGAAGAAGUUGGCCAACCUGUCCGAAAGACAUUAACGUGCUUCCCGAUGAAGCUCUCGAAUGGAAGAAAGAAGCCACCAUUUACGAGACAACAGGUUAAACCAUUGGACAUUUUUAUUCAACAUUAUUCGUCGUGGUAUCGUCUCCUAAAAGGAAUUGCAUGGUUGACACGAUUCGUGUGCUACCUGUGCGCCACUCACAGAGUCAAAUAUGCUGCGCGCGAGGUGACGCGUAGUUCGAGACCCUAUAGCGUUGGUGAUCAUACUGGGGCCGGAGUCGACCCAUUAUCCGUAGAAGAGCUACGAAGCGUGAAGGAAAGCGUUAUUGAUUAUGUGCAAUGUGAAUGUUUUCCGGAUGAAGUGGCUCACCUCAAACCUACACGGAGCGACAGAUCCAACAGACGAGUUGUUAAGAAAUCAAGUAAAUUAGCUACAUUAUCACCUUUCAUGGGAGAAGAUAACUUGAUAAGAGUCGGCGGAAGAUUAGAAAGAGCCGAAAUACCUUUCAAUGCUAAACACCCGAUCAUAAUUCCGAGUAAGCAUCACAUUGUUGGUCUCUUCAUUCGUCACUAUCACGAGCGAGAAGGACACUCAGGAGUUCAAGCUGUAUUAGCUGCCAUCCAACAAGACCUCUGGAUUCUCCAAGGACGCUCCAGAAUUUGUUACAUCAUUGAUCAAUGCAUAAUCUGCCGUAAGAAAUACGAACAACCCUGUGAGCAGAUGAUGGCUUCACUUCCAACCCCUCGCGUGACAGCCUUCGAGCGUCCGUUCUCCUCAACCGGCGUGGAUUAUUUUGGUCCGUUUCUAGUUAAGCGUGGCAGAUGUCAGGUGAAACGAUAUGGUUGUAUUUUCACAUGUUUGGCUAUGAGAGCCAUCCAUAUCGAAGUAGCACAAUCGAGAAACCUGUCGGUCAAGGACUUGGUUCUAAUGGUGGACAAAGACUGUCCGCGCGGAAAAUGGCCUAUGGCGGUGGUCAAGGAAGUGUUUCCAGACGAAAAAGGAAUUGUGCGCCACGUGAGAGUGAGGACAACCGGUGGAACAUUUAAGAGAGAUGUUCGUAAACUUUGUUUGUUAGAAGGAGAUGUAAACAAUGAUAGCUAA